AGAGACUGCUUUGCUUUGAUACAUUCCAUAACCAAAUCUUCUACUCGAUUAGAUUUUUGAAUCAACAAUGUCGUCGUCUUGCUGUGCUGGUAAAUGUGGCUGUGGUUCUGGUUGCAUGUGUGGAAGCAGCUGCGGCGGGUGCAAGAUGUACCCAGACACGAUCUACGGCGAGAACACCACCACUGAGACGCUUAUUCUCGGUGUUACACCCAACAACACUGGGCUUGAGGCCGGAGGUGCAGAGGCGGCCGGCGAGAAUGGAGGAUGCAAGUGCAGUCCAUGCACAUGUGAGUCAUGCAACUGCAAAUGAAGAAGACAAUCGAUCAGAUCACCAAUGGGUAUUCUAUUCUAAGUUCUAACAAUGGUAUCUUAGCAUGUUAAAAAAUAAAGCUAGUUAGAUAUAACAAAUAUUUGCAGUAGUCUUGUUUUUGUUUUCAGUGUAAUAAAAGCAUCCAUGGAGAUUUUGUUUUUGUUUG